AUGUCUGCGAUUCGAUUGAGAUCAACCAUAACCACUACUGUCGGAUUCCUCGUGAACGCCACGAGUUGCCACAAAAUAGGAAAUAGAAAAGCUGGUUUUCGUGUUACGAGGAGUAAUUUAAAAACACAAUGCGUCGAUAGUCCAUUUUACACCACCCGUUUGGCCUUGCCUCCCGAUUACGAGAACGUGGUAGACUUCAUGUGCGAGGUAUACUACAAGGGUGAGCCUAUAAUCCACAAUAUCGGCUUGAAGGGCACCGAGGCACCGGAAUCGUGGCGACGGAUGAUGUACGAUCAAGUUCGAUCGGGUCUGUCGAUCAUCGCUGAGGAUCGGGACCACUGCAUCAUAGGAGCAGCUCUGAACAGUGUGAUAGGUCCAUCGGAACCAAAGAAUCUCUGCGAGUUCGCGAGGAUAUGCGAAUCGACUCCCAUCAGACGUAUCGUCGAGUUCUACAGCUAUAUAGCGCAGAAACUCAACGUUUGGGAACGAUACUGCAGCUGGCAAGUCUUCGAACAGAGCAGUUUGGCUGUCCACACCGCUUUCCAAGGGUUGGGAAUCGCUAGGAGGCUCGUAGGGGAGAGCUGGUUCCUGGCGCGCGAUUGUAGCUACCCCUUGUUCCUCAUACACUGCAACAGCAGUUACUGUGCGAAAAUAUGCGAGCGAAAUGGAUGGCAAAUGAUCUGGAGCAUCCCAUUCGAUCAGUAUGUGUACGACGGUGAAGUUGUCUUUAAGCACGUUAAGGAGCCUCAUACUAUGUGCAAAGUGUUUGUCGACCAAUUGAAAAUAUGUAAACCCUACUGUAAAACUACCAAAAAGUGUAACAAAGUGACGUAUCCACCGAAAAUAAACUAA